AAAGUGACUGAUGGGAGAUGGUUGAAUCAGAUUUUUCUUAUUAUUGUUUAUUGCUGAAACUACUUGCAUUUUAAGACCUAUUAUUGUAAUCCUGUAUGAUGAAUUUAUCCGAUGAAAGCAACUUCGGAAAUGGCCUUUUAUAUGUGGGAUUUAAUCAAGACCAAGGAUGUUUUGCUUGUGGAACUGAGAAUGGGUUUCGAGUGUUUAACAGCGACCCUCUUAAAGAAAAAGAACGUCAAAAUUUUGCCGAAGGAGGUCUUUCUUACGUCGAAAUGCUGUUUAGAUGCAAUUAUAUGGCCUUAGUCGGCGGAGGGAAGACGCCCGUCUAUCCGCCGAACCGAGUCAUUAUAUGGGACGACUUGAAGAAGGACUCUGCUAUAUCCCUUGACUUCAACAGUCCAGUGAAAGCUGUGAAAUUGAGAAGAGAUAGAAUUGUUGUUGUUUUGGAGAAUUUAAUUAAGGUUUACACAUUCACUGCACAGCCCCAGAUGCUGAAUGUUUUUGAGACCUGUCAGAAUCCCAAAGGUCUGUGUGUUGUCUGCCCAAACAGCAACAAUGCUGUUCUUGCUUAUCCCAGCCGCAAAACAGGCCAUGUGCAAUUGGUAGAAUUGAGCAGUCAUGCUAGCACAAGCAGCUCUCCCGAUGGACAUCUAAUUGCUGCCCAUGAAGCUCCCCUCAGUUGUCUCUCACUGAAUGUGGGUGGAACCCGGCUGGCCACUGCUUCCACAAAAGGCACACUUAUUAGAGUUUUUGAUACAGCCACUGGACAGAAAUUAGCUGAAUUAAGAAGAGGUGCUCAUCAGGCAACUAUUUACUGCAUAAACUUCAACCACACUAGUACCAAUUUGUGUGUAACUUCAGACCACGGCACAGUUCAUGUGUUCAGUCUAGAAGAUGAAAAGUUAAACAAGCAGUCCAGCUUAGCGACGGUAAACUUUCUGCCUAAAUACUUCUCAAGCAACUGGAGUUUCUGCAAGUUUACAAUACCAAAUGGCCCACCAUGUAUUUGUGCAUUUGGUGUAGACAAGAGCUCUAUUGUUGUGAUCUGUGCUGAUGGCUCCUAUUACAAAUACAAGUUUAACGAAAAGGGCGAGUGUACACGAGACGUGUACGCGCAGUUCCUUGAGACUUCAGAAGACAGGUAAACAAAGUAGGAAUUAAACUAUUUAAGAAAUUAUAUUGUGAUUAUAUGCUGUUUUCCUUUUGAUAUAAUGUUAAUUUCGAGUUUAUUUGCCAACAAGAACACACACUCUUGACAAUUUUUGAUUUGCCAAAGGUUUCAUUGGAAUGUUAAGUAAGUAUAAAGUUGAAAGAGUUUGUGCACUUGAUGCCAGAGUACUUUGUAUGUUUAUAUGUUAUUGGUGAAACGUGAUCAAAUGAAUUUUAUAACUUGAAAAUAAUAAUUGUUUAUAUUAUUCACGCGACAUCACUAUCAUUGUCAUCAUGUUGUACAUCAUCUAAAUCUAAAAGUGUUAUAGAUCUCCAAAAGAACUUUAUCAGUGUGACUGAUUUGUAUUGACUUUAUUAAAUUUUUUAUCGCGAUGUUGUAACGGAUUUAACGGUCUUGAAAUCAUCUCAUGAUCUGUAACUAAAUAAAAUAUUGCUUAUCUUGAAA